AAGGACAAUCGGUCUCGUUUCUGGGGGGUGUACAAAAGAGUCGCAGAGGAACACGAUGGCGAGUUCCUCGAGCGAUACACUACUGACAUGGACAUCGUCUUGAUCUUCUCUGGUCUUUUCUCCGCUGUCAGCACGUCUUUCAUCGUCGCGAUGGAGUCCAAUCUCAGUCCUGACCCCAGCGACACCACGAAUGCGCUUUUGAAGCAACUCGUGCAGAUCGGACUCGGCAACCUCGCUCAGGCGGGCACCACUCCCAAAGAACCAGCAUCUACGUGGUCGCCGUCCGAGUCGACUCUGAGAAUCCAAAUGGUCGUAUACGCAAGCUUAUCCAUGAGCUUGCUAGCAGCAUUCGGGGCCGUACUGGGAAAGCAGUGG